UCCAGACCAGUAUUGCGCGUGGCACUAAACCUGAGAUAAAGUUACUCUUCAAACAGCACAAUACCCUGGAGUUGGACUUUUGCUCCAACUUGGAGGUUUAGCUGGAAAUUGAAUAUUGUCCAGGUGCAUUGGAAGCCCCCUCCAGAGCAAGGGGGCGUGAGAAUAUCAUUCCAUUAUCCCACAAUGAGAGCGCUUUUCCCGGUUUUUGUGUAUUGCAUCAGCCUGCUCUCCACACAACUGCUGGCUCUACCGGUGGGAAACAGGUUGGACUUCAUGACAAGACUCCAAGAGCUAAGAGAGAAAUCCACCAUCUCUCCAGACAUUACUGAGCGCUCAAACACUGACCAUGGUGUUUCCAUUGAUCGCACCACUUUAUGGAGGGCCAUCCUGUCCAGAGCGCCACCUGCAGACCUAACAGGGAACCAACUCCAGUCCACCGUAACACUCGAGAGCCCUAAACAGAGAGAGCGACGUCACGUGCACUCACGAGGGCACCACAGCCACCAUCACCCCCAGCUAAUGCGUGUGGGAUGCGUCCUAGGCACAUGCCAGGUACAAAACCUCAGCCAUCGCCUCUACCAGCUGGUUGGGCAAAGCGGACGGGAAGACUCUCCCAUCAACCCGCGCAGUCCACACAGCUACGGAUGAGUCUAGAGGCUAAAACCAAGACCAAGAAAACAGCGUUACACAUAUCUGUCUAUUAAAUUGCAAUAGGAACCUGCUGUAGGACUCUUCCCUCCUCCUCUCUGCGUUGGUUUUCUGGAGUGUAUACUGUGCCUUUUUGGGACAGAAAGGAUGUUUUGUUACUUGAUGGCGGCUUCUCUGUGCCUAUGAAACACUUUUUUGGUACUCUUAAUUUUGGCAUUAUCGUCUUAAGUCUUAAUAAGAUAAGAGAUUACUCCAGGCUCUGCCGCAUUAUAUCCCGACUCAUCUAUUUAACUUCUACACCACUGAUCAAACCAUCUGAGCCCCUAAAGUGGAUUUCAAAAAGGUGCGCGAUUGGAUUUCUGUCAAUCUGAAGCCCUGUGUGAUUCAAAAGACUUUGAACCCUCUCACCUCGUGUCUGCAAGACGAUUUUAAGAAGAAACCAGACUUGUUUUUUUUUACAGUGGGUUCAAGAACGACGUCUGAUACCUUCUUACCUGAAUGCCUACACCAACUUAAAUCUUGGGUUUUAAACAAUGGCGAAUUGUGAAUUUAUAAACACAGUGGUCCCUCGGUUGAACCCGCAGUAGCAAUUGUUGCUGAAUCUGGAUUAACACAUUGUUUCUUUUCAGAGCACUGAGGUCUGGCGCCUGAAAUAUUACACUUCACGUGAAGUCACGAGAAUGAGUUAUAAUCCUAAAGGUCUCAGUUUCCACUCCGACUGAAUCAUGCUGGGCCUUACCACAUUUCAUAAACAGACCCAAGACCUUUCUGAGCAUUUCUAAUUGAUGCUUAUAACUCAUUUAGAAAUGAACCAGCUCCUAAACACAGGCGGAACUAGCCCAUUUUGAUUGCCAAAUCACUUUUGAGUCAUGAGUGUAUAUGCAAAAACGACUAAAUACGCUGUAUUGUGCAUGCAAAGUCAGAUGGCAACUAAAGAAACAAUAUGUGCAUGUGCAGAUAAUGAUGAAACAAACUAAAACUAAAAACAAGCACAAAAAUCAUGCAUCUUGGAUUUUGGGUGCAAAAAUGCAAAGUGAAAACUGACCAAAACAACAAUGGUCGACUACAGGACCAUAUGUGUGUAUGCACCUAGUGUUUCUCUACAAUAUAACGUUGCCAUCUACUGGCCUG